CGCGUCUAUUUAUAAAAUGUCAUUGAUAGGAGACGGCAGAAACUUCAUAGAACCCUGAGCUUGGUGUUACAGAGAUGAUUUAUUCAUUAUUUUGUAGGAAUAAUUGAACAAUUUCUAAAUUAGAAAAAAAAGUCUGUCUACAAUGGGAGUAAAGAAAUAAUCGCUAUAGAAUAUAGCGUAAAAAAACACUUUCGGUGAAUAACUUCGUGUUACCCGAUAGAACAAAAUGUUCGCAGCACCUAAUCAUUGUCCAUUGGAUUGGCGUAUUGACUAAUAAGCAGCUGGUUUAGAUAAUAAACAGAAUUGAAAUUGUCGCAUGGGAUCGACGAGGACCGAUAUAAAGUGGACGAAUCUCUGUGGUGUUACAACGCCAUGUAGCUAAGCUACAAUUAACACCAUCGUGUUGAUGUUUCAUCGUUACUUUUCGAAAUCGGUAGAACAAGCAAAAUCAGUCGAGCAAGCAAGAAAUCAAAGUCCGUUUUUGAAUAAGCGAAACCACGGGAAAUUCCUUUUCACGUGCCUCAUAAAAAGCUAUUACAAAAAAUAGAGUUCGUCAAGAGAGAGCCGGAACCAUUGACUGGGUUUACUACAGCUCAAGAAGAUCGACGCAUAAAAGAAAGAAAACCCGCCAAACUGCAACUUGAACCCAUAAAAUUAGAGGAAAGUCUUAGCACUGUUAAAGAAAAGAAAAAAAGAAACACUCAAAAUACGAGAAUCCCGAAGCAGUUUAGACAUAAACAAAGAAGAUGUGACAGCCGACCCCUUAAAAGUAAAACCUGUCGUAGCCUCGCAGGCCGAAGUAAUUGACUACGUGAAGAAUAAUCCCGCAUGCGGAUUUUUAUACAUGAUGUAUGCCGUCCACCCACAAAAUGUUUAUUUUACGCCGUAUUACCUCAAGGUUGUACCGUACGAAGAGAUCGACAGAAAGAAUUACCUUACAAUUAGCGCUUGUGGAGUUACACAUUAUACGAACGAAAUGGUAUUUACGAAAUUACCUGCUUGGGAACAAGAAUAUAAUAUUUUUGUCAAACUUACUGAUAUAAAAUUUUUCAAAGUAUAUAGAUAUUGGAAAGCAUUCUAUGUCUGGAGAAAAUCAAUAGUUUUCAGAAAAUAUAGUAAACUACGAUCUAAAUUGGCUAAGAAUUUAUUUAUCCUUACACCAGUAUUGGGAAAGGCGUUACUGAAUAUACAAGCUAUGUGCUGCGAAAUGUACAUGAAAAGUUUUGCGGAUUUGUCUAGAGAUAUGGAUACAGCAUUUUUCUACUUUAUAGAAGUUCUGAUGAAACGCGUGGAAUACAUAAGGGAUAAGCUAAAAGAAUUUCGAGAUGUGGCCUUGGAUAUUAUAACACAAACCUGCCAUACGGCGCUUUAUCAACAAGGUUUCGUGUUUGACGAUAGAAAUAUACCACCAUUUCAAAUGAUUAGGGGCAAACCUACGGGAGGGAUGUCUUACACUGAAAAAGCAAACAAAAGAAAAUAUUGUGAAAGACUGGCUUGUUUUAUAAAAUUAACUGAUUAUAUGACGAACUAUAUGUUGUACCGAUUAACAAAGCGAUCCAACAACAUGUUAGCUGAAAUGUUCCGCGUACACGUCAGCUUCACGCCAGAUCGGGAACUCUUGGAAGGCACCGCGGUCGAUGAAAUUCUCGAAGUCAUCCCAAGAGUUACUGAUACUUGUAAGUGGGCCCUAUUUCAAAUAGACGCUUUCGUUGAACCUAGUGGUGAGGUGAUACUAAAUCCAAGCGAAAAAGUAAUGUCAACGUAUGUCGAAAAAAUAACCAGCUACUGGGAUGAAUAUGUGCGAACUUUCCAUAAUUUUUUGAACGAACCGACUUUGGAAAUAUUUGUACAACCAACUGUGAUGGGCAAGCAAGUCGAAUGGUCUGCUGGCGUAUCCCCCAAUUUAUACUUCCUUAUGAACCAGGAUAAACAAAUGAUAGAAGAUAUUGCAUUUAUACCAAGUGCUAUUAAAAAUGGCUUCGAUAAUGUUUGGAUAUUCCUGAGACGUUUGCAAGGUUUUAUGGAUAGUUUCAAAGAAGCGAAUGAAUUGGACCUAAACAUUAUUAAAAAUGAAAGAGAUAUCAAUGAGUUUAGAAAACUAUGCGAGAAGCUAGUAAAGCAGAUGGAAUCUAUAGAGGAGGUCGUUUGCUAUCAGCCCCUGGGAAUACUAUUUUUAUGUCUCAGUCCUUUCCAAGAGUUAUUUAGACCACAGCCAAGAAGACUAUUUGAUGUUGUUCUUAAUGUUACUCCUGAUAUCGGUCGAGCAGCUAUUGAUGAAAUAUUGGAAGGUAUUGAUAAUAUAACUGAAGACAUUACCAAUGAGCCGGAGACGGCCGGUGAACUGGUUACAUUCAACUUCAUGAUGGAUGGACUAGAGUCACGCGUCGCCUUUCUUGAAGAGCGCUUGGAGUACCUUCGAGAACUUUAUGACCUUAUGGGAGAGUUCAACAUUCCUAUACCACCUGAUGAUAUGACUGAAUACCUGGGUUUAAGUGUGGCUUUAGGCACAUUACGAACUGAUGUUGAUGCACGGCUGGAAACUAGAAGUAAACUUGCUGGACUGUUUGCUAGUCAGAUUGGCAAAGACAUAAUGGAACUCAUGAUGGACGUUAAUAAGUUACGAGAUGAAGUCAUGCAACCCUGGCUUUAUGACGACAAAUCAGAUAUGGAAAAAGUUAUGGAGGCAUUAAGUGGAUUGAUGGAUAAACUCAUGGAAUGCUCGAGCAGAGAUAAACAGAUAAGAGAAUGGCAGAAAAUAUUUAAGAUACCACCUGCCAGGCUGGAACAGCUGGACGAAGCAAUAAACGACGUAAAGCUUAGACAAUUAUUAUGGACCUCAUCCAAAGAAUGGGAAGACAUGUUUAAAUCAUGGUAUGAAAAUCCAUUCAAUACUUUGGACAUUGAUGAAAUUCAGACAAUAACAAUAAACUUCGGCAAAGUCUUUAAUCAACUUGACAAAGGCCUACCACCAAACAAAAUUGUGCCGAAAUGUAAGGAAACAAUAGAUAUUAUCAAAGAGAAGUUACCCGUAAUGACAUAUUUGCGGAAUCCAGCAUUGAAACCGCGUCACUGGGUCAAAAUCGAAGAAAUCUUGCACACACGUUUCACACCUGAUAUCGUACUGACUCUGCGAGUAUUUGAAGAUUUACAUGCUUUUCAAUAUGCAGAGGAACUCAUGGAAGUUGCUGGACAGGCUAGUUCCGAAGCUGGCCUGGAAGCUUUACUCAAAAAGGUCGAGGAAAUAUGGGCGGCACUAGAAUUCCCAGUACUUUUGCAUAAAGAUGCUCGGGACGUUUACGUUCUCGGAGGCCUAGACGAGAUACAAGCGGCCCUCGACGAAAGUAAUAUACACGUGAGCACGAUCCUUAGCUCAAGAAGCUGUGGACCCAUUAAGGGGAGAGUUGAAGAGUGGGCCCGAAACUUAGAGUUAUUCGCUAAAACACUUGAAGAAUGGUAUGCAUGUCAGCAAACUUGGAUGUACCUGGAAGUUAUAUUUUCUGCCCCUGAUAUUCAGAGGCAGUUGCCAAACGAAACACGACUUUUCACCAUGGUUGAUAAGUCCUGGAAAGACAUCAUGCGUAAACUAGCCAAGGUACCUCUGGCAAUGCCUGCUGCAACACAACCAAAAUUGUAUGAAGAAUUUGUUCGUAACAACGAAAUGUUGGACCAGAUCAUGAAGUGCCUUGAAGCGUACCUAGAAACGAAACGAGUUGCAUUUCCAAGAUUCUUCUUUUUGUCCAAUGAUGAAUUGCUUGAAAUAUUGGCUCAGACUCGUAACCCACAUGCUGUGCAACCACAUCUACGUAAAUGUUUCGAUGCAAUAGCGAAGUUGGAAUUUGGAGUAAAACUACCUGAAAGUGAAAUGGAAAUAACGGAAGACGGUACAUUAGUGGAGAAAGAAAUGUCAUUUCAAACUAGAGAUAUGCUUCAAGCAAAACUCGCUAAAACCGCCAAACCAGAGGAUUUAACCACGGAUAUUAUAGCAAUGAUUUCACCAGAAAGCGAAAGAGUAAAUUUAGGAAAGGGUUUGAAAGCUCGAGGCAACGUUGAAGAUUGGCUCGGCAAGGUAGAAGAGGCAAUGUUCGCAUCUGUAAAGCGGUGCAUGAAGUUUGCUCUCAAAGAUUUCAUGGCACGUCCUCGGGUUGAAUGGGUAGAACUUCAUGCUAACCAGGUGGUCCUAACCGUAUCUCAAAUAAUGUGGGCUAAAGGUGUCCAUGAAGUUUUCGAUCUGGAAAUACCGUUACGUAUUGAUACGACUCUCCUCGAGUACGAAAAAAAAUGCAUUGUCGAUUUGAACGACCUCGCUGCGUUGACUCGCAAGGAUCUUACUUCAUUAUUUAGGAAGGUUUUGUGUGCGUUAAUUACGAUAGAUGUGCAUGCUAGAGAUACCAUAUCGCAAAUGGUAGACAAACAUGUGCAACGCGCUAAUGAUUUCGAAUGGCUUAAAAUGAUUCGAUACUACUGGGAAGAAGAUAUCGACAACUGUGUUGCUCGUAUGUCGAGUGCGUUAUAUAUUUACGGCCAUGAAUACUUGGGUGCUGGAGGCGUAUUGGUAAUAACUCCUCUGACUGAUCGGUGCUAUUUGUGCCUGAUGGGAGCUUUGCAGCUAGACUUGGGUGGGGCACCGGCUGGUCCCGCUGGUACUGGGAAAACUGAGACUACUAAGGAUUUAGCCAAAUCACUGGCUAUUCAGUGUGUCGUAUUCAAUUGUUCUGAAGGACUUGAUUACAAAAUGAUGGGGAGGUUCUUCUCGGGUCUAGCCACUUCAGGAGCGUGGUGCUGUUUCGAUGAGUUCAACCGAAUCGACAUCGAGGUGUUAUCAGUAAUUGCACAACAACUUAUCACAAUCAGAAAUGCAAAAGUAGCGAGACAGACGAGAUUCAUGUUUGAGGGUCGUGAAAUUAAACUCGUACGCACUUGUGCAGCGUUUAUUACUAUGAAUCCAGGUUACGCAGGCAGAACUGAGCUACCUGAUAACUUGAAAGCUUUAUUCCGUCCUAUAUCGAUGAUGGUACCGGAUUAUGCUCUAAUCGCGGAAGUAAUUCUGUAUUCAGAAGGAUUUGAAUCAUCGAAGAGUCUAUCCAAGAAAAUGGUUCAAAUGUACAAACUUUCUAGCGAACAGUUGUCCAAACAAGACCAUUACGAUUUUGGCAUGAGAGCAGUGAAAAGUGUCUUGGUCAUGGCCGGUGCUUUGAAGCGAGCUAGUCCCGAUCAACCUGAGGAAAUGACUCUCUUGUGUGCCCUCAAUGACAGCAACUUACCCAAAUUCCUGGCCGCAGAUGCGGUAUUAUUUGCGGGAAUUCUAUCAGACUUGUUUCCAGGUGUCAGCCUGCCGUUUAGAGACUACGGUGUCAUGGAGGACGUUAUAAAAAUAAUUCUGCUGGAGAGAAAACUGCAGGUAGAAAUAUGCCAAAUUCGCAAAGUAAUACAACUGCAUGAAACCAUGAUCGUGCGCUGGGGUGUCAUGUUGGUAGGACCUACCGGCGGCGGCAAGACUGUUGUGCUACACGUUCUAGGGGAUACGUACACGAGACUUAACGAGAACGGGGUCCCGGGAUCUCAGUACCAAUACGUGCACAAAUACAUAAUGAACCCAAAGAGUCUCACCAUAGGCGAACUGUAUGGCGAAGUGAACUUGCAAACUCUAGAAUGGCACGAUGGUAUACUUCCGCUUAGUCUUCGAACUGCUGUUCAGUGCGAGAAAACAGAUCACCAAUGGUUGAUUUGUGAUGGACCUGUGGACGCAGUGUGGAUUGAGAACAUGAACACGGUGCUUGACGACAACAAGAUGCUCUGUCUCUCCAACUCUGAACGCAUUAAACUGACACCCUACGUACACAUGGUUUUUGAGGUGGCAGAUUUAGCGCAAGCGUCUCCCGCUACUGUGUCCCGAUGUGGGAUGGUGUAUAUAGACCCAAACGAAAUGGGCUACCUGCCUUACGUGCGCUCGUGGCUAAACGAAGGCGUCGAAAAAAAUCUAUUCACGGCAGACAAUUCAGAAUUUCUAUACAUUCUGUUCCAAAUGCUCCAAGUGGGAGUGAAGCAUGUUAACACAAAAUGCAGUGUGGGAAUCAGACAGGUGGAUAUAAGCAAAGUAUCAGCUAUAUGUUUUUUAUUGGGGGCAUUACUAGCCGAGCCAGGUGAUCGGUUUGCAGACAAAGCUGCAAUAAAAGUGUAUAUCGCUCAUUGCUUCAUAUUCUGUUACGUGUGGUGUAUAGGCGGUAACAUACUGGAGAUAAAUCGAAAGGGGUACGAAGAAGUUAUUAAGAGGCAAUUUGAAGAGUUCGAAGAGGCAGAGUAUUUCCCACAGGGUUUCAACUUCUUUGACAUGUAUAUGGACACGCGGCAACGGAAACUAAAAGUGUGGGCUGAAAUAAUUCCCGAGUUUAUAUAUGAUUGCAAUAAACCGUUCUUUGAGACUUUGGUUCCUACUAUCGACACGGUGCGCUAUGGAUACUUGUUCGAAAAACUCCUUGGUGCUGGAAAGCCGGUUAUGUUUACCGGGAAUACAGGUGUUGGUAAAACUUGCAUAGCUGUUGAGAUCCUAAAUCGGAUGUCGACCACUGGGUACUAUAUACCGAUUAUUUUGAAUUUUUCGGCACAAACUAGUAGCACACGCACACAGGAAGUUAUAGAGUUACGAUUGGACAAAAGGCCUCGGAAAGCGAUUGGAGCUCCUCUAGGCAAAAAAGUUAUCAUAUUCAUAGACGACGUAAACAUGCCUCGACUUGACGUGUAUGGUGCUCAGCCCACUAUAGAAUUGCUAAGACAAUUUCUAGACUUCGGCGGUGUGUACGACCGUGACAAAUUAUAUUGGAAGGAAAUAUUAGACGUAGUUUUAUCGUGCGCUUGCGCACCACCUGGUGGUGGAAGAAAUCCAUUGACUGCCAGAUUCGUGAGGCAUUUUGCAAUGUUUUACAUAUCCGCACCAAAUGCUGAUGCUAUGAAAACUAUAUUCAAGGCAAUUCUUAAAGGUCAUAUGGAAGAUUUCGUAUCCGAAGUAUCGGUUUUAGGAGAACCGAUAGUAAAUGCGGCUGUAGAGGUGUACCUAAAAAUUUGCGCCGAGCUGCUACCGACUCCUGCGAAAUCGCAUUAUGUGUUCAACUUACGAGAUCUGUCCAAGUCGAUGCAAGGUGUACUCCAAGCGGAUGCUGCUUACAUGCGGGCGCCACAAGGAAUGCUUCGUUUGUUCUACCACGAAUGUCUUCGCGUCUUCCACGAUCGAUUGAUAAACAUUGAAGAUAAAAGUUAUUUCUAUCAUUUGAUGGCUUCAGUUUGUGAAAAAUAUUUUCACAAUCCGAUUUUGGAUGUCCCGGAAGACCCGAUAAUCGAACGCCCACCUCUUCUUCUCUUUGGUGAUUUCUUAAAUUCGGCUGUUCCGAAGGAAAACAGAAAUUACCAAGAAAUAUCCGAUAUGGCAAGACUAAUGGUGGUUCUAAAGGAAUACUUGGAGGAAUACAACUCGACGGCCCGUGCGGAGAUGCAUCUAGUUCUGUUUCAAGACGCGGUAGAGCACGUCGUGCGCGUAGCGAGGGUAUUCCGAGCGGAGCGUGGACAUUGUCUGAUGGUGGGUCCGGGCGGAUCUGGACGGCGGAGUGUCGCAACGCUCGCCGGACAUGUUAACGAGUGCAAAUGCAUGGGAAUGGAGUUGAAACGGAACUACGACACGCCAGAGUUCCACGACGACCUGCGCAAGAUGUACAUGCGCGCCGGCGUCAACAACGACGAUACCGUUUUCCUGUUCACCGACACCCAGAUCACUAAGGAGGAGUUCCUGGAGGACAUUAAUAAUAUGCUUAAUUCCGGUGAAGUGCCGAACUUGUUUGAAGGCGAUACUUACGAACAGGUGCAGACUGGGUGCCGGAACGACGCCGCUAAGUUUGGCAUCAAUCCAGCGGACCGUGACUCUGUCUAUUAUUUCUUUAUCAACCGCGUGAGAGGCAAACUUCAUUUGUGUAUUUGUAUGAGCCCCGUGGGAGAGGCUUUCAGACGUCGUUGCCGCAUGUUUCCGUCAUUAGUGAACUGCUGUACAAUCGACUGGUUCACUAAAUGGCCGCCUGAAGCGUUGCUUUCCGUGGCCCAGCAGUGCCUGCAGCCGCUUGGCAACCAGGAGAUAAUCGAAAAGAUCUCGCCGCUGUGCGUCAUAAUGCACCAGGACGUAGAUUUAAUGACUGAUCGUCUGUAUCAGGAAAUGAGACGUUACUUCUAUACAACUCCAAGCAGUUAUUUAGAUUUACUAAAAUUGUACCUUGCUCUGCUUGAUAAAAAACAACAGCAAAUAAUACGUGGCCGAGAUAGAAUUUCAUGUGGAUUACAGAAAUUGUACGAAACUUAUGAGGUUGUCGGAGUGAUGGAGCAACAGGUACGUGAAAUGGAACCCAUCCUGGCUCGCAAAGCUGAGGAAGGUAUUGCACUAGUUGAUAGACUUAAAGUCGAACAGAAGGCGGCUGAUGAAGUGAAGCAAGCUGUCAUGAAAGACGAAGCUGAAGCAAAGAUUAAAGCAGAAGAAGUGAAGGAAAUAGCGGACGAGGCGAAAGCGGACCUCGCCUUGGCCAUGCCCGCGAUGGAAGCCGCUCAGAACGCACUCAAAGCUCUCAAUAAAGCUGACAUCAAUGAAUUAAAAGCUUUUCAGAAGCCGCCCGCCCUCGUGCGCUUCGUAAUGGAACCUGUGUGCAUUUUAAUGGGCGUUAAGCCUGAUUGGGACUCGACAAAGAAAUUACUAGCUGAUGUUAACUUUAUUGGCAAACUAGAAGACUAUGAUAAAGACCACAUACCUGACGCUACUCUGAAAAAAAUAAAAGUUUAUUUAACUCAUAAGGAUUUUAAUCCAGACACUGUCGUGAAAGUAUCGAAGGUAUGUCGCUCCAUGGUUCUGUGGGUGCAAGCUAUCGACAUGUAUGCGAAGGUGUUUCGAGUCGUGGAACCUAAGAUAUUAAAGCACAAAGAAGCCGCUGCUAUAUUGAAAAGCGUAAUGGCGGUUUUGAGGGCAAAACAGAAAGAAGUUGAAGCAAUUGAGGCACAAUUAGAGAAAAUGAUGGACGAAUUAAGGGUAGUAGAAGAGGAACGUCAGAAAUUACAGGCUGAUGUCGAUUUGGCUGCGGCGAGACUCUCCCGAGCUGGAAAACUAACUCAGGCUUUAGCAGAUGAGAAAACGCGAUGGGAAGACAGUGUCAAAUCCGCCACUAAACAGCUGCACUGCACAACGGGUGACAUAAUAGUAGCAUCUGGUUGUAUCGCGUAUUUCGGCGCGUUCCCCUCACACUACCGACGAGAGCUUGAGUUGCGAUGGAUCGAACAGUGCGCUGCUUUGGAAAUACCCUCAUCGGAUUCUUUUGAUCUUAUAUCAAUAAUGGCGGAUUCGUACACGGUGCGUACAUGGAACUCUCAAGGUCUGCCGCGCGAUGCUAUCUCCACGGAGAAUGGUAUACUGGUGACUAGAGCGGGAAGAUGGCCGCUUACCAUUGAUCCUCAAGAACAGGCCAAUAGAUGGAUAAAGAACAUGGAACGAGAGAAUGGUUUGCAAAUAACGAAACUGAAUGAUCCCUCGUACAUUCGUAUGUUGGAAAAUUGUAUACGACUCGGUUGGCCGAUGCUCAUUGAGGAUUUAGGAGAAUCAUUGGAAGCCACUCUGUCGCCGGUACUACUCAAACAGACCUUCGUUCAGGCCGGGCGUCUGUUGAUACAUUUAGGGGACAGCGACAUCGAAUACGACACGAACUUCCGUCUGUACCUCACCACGAAACUCGCGAACCCGCACUACCUGCCCGAAAUCUGCAUACAAGUGACGCUAGUCAAUUUCACCGUCACUCUGUCCGGGCUCGAGGACCAACUUUUAGCAGACGUGGUAAGAUUAGAGAGGCCAGAUUUGGAAAUACUCCGCACUCAACUGAUAGUGCGCAUUAACACCGACAAAGCUACUCUACUAGAGAUUGAAGACAAAAUCUUACGGCUACUGUAUGCUUCGACUGGAAAUAUUCUGGACGAUGAAGAGCUUAUAGAGACUCUCAAUGAGAGUAAGGAAACGUCUGAAAUAAUAAAUGCUCGACUCGAAGAAACAGAAGCGACAGAGAUCAGCAUAUCGGCAGCGCGGGAGAAGUAUCGCACGGUCGCGACCCGCGGCGCGGUGCUAUACUUCGCGGUGGCGCAGUUGGCAGACAUAGAUCCCAUGUACCAGUUCUCGUUAAAGUAUUUCAAUCAGGUGUUUAAUGCUGUAAUCGAAAAGAGCGAGAAAUGCGACAUACUAGAAACACGAUUGGAUAUUUUACAUCGAGAAAUAACGUUAUCGGUGUACCGCAAUGUAUCCCGGGGAUUGUUCGAGAGGCACAAGCUGGUGUUCAGCUUUCUGCUCAAUAUGGCCAUUUACCUGAAUGCAGGUUUAAUCACACCCGAUCAGUGGAAUUUCAUACUGCGUGGAGCAGCCGGGACCAAAGUCGUACCCGUUAAAAAGCCAUUAGUUGAAUCAUUGACAGACCAAAUGUGGCUCACCAUCAAUCAUCUGCAGGAGACCGAUUCCAGUUUCACAGGAAUAUUAGACGAUUGUCUCAAAAAGAUUCCAAUUUCUAUAGGAUCAUUUAGUGUGGAUAUUCAUAUAAACUUGAACGACAAAAGUGCGCCGAAAAUAAACUGGGACGAAAAAUUGACUUCGUUCGAAAAGUUGAUGAUAAUUAAGGCUCUGAAAGAGGAAAAAUUGGUAUUUGCAAUCGCUCAGUACGUGAGCAUCAGCCUGGGCUCCGUCUUCAUAGAGAGCCCGACGGUUCAGCUGAAUACACUGUAUGCUGAUACGACAUCGAUAAUUCCGCUGGUGUUUGUGCUAAGUACUGGCUCGGAUCCGUUCGGUGCGUUCCAGAAGUUUGCCACAGAGAUGGGUAUGCGCGAUCGCGUGCAUUCCAUAUCGCUUGGGCAGGGCCAAGGACCAGUGGCGGAGAAAAUGAUAAACAAUGCAAAACCCUUAGGAGAUUGGAUAUUUUUACAGAAUUGUCACUUAGCUGCCUCAUGGAUGUUGAGCCUGGAACAAAUUGUAGCUAACCUGGGAAGUGACACUGGCACUCCGCACCCUGACUUCCGCCUGUAUCUGAGUUCAAUGCCCACACCAAAAUUCCCAGUAUCAGUGCUGCAGAACUCUGUGAAAGUCACCAACGAACCGCCUAAAGGAUUAAAAGCAAACGUCAAGAGAGCUUUAGUAGAGAUGGAAGAGGAUUUCUUUGAGAAUCACGUGCUCGGUCAGGAUUGGAGGACUAUGCUGUUUGGGAUAUGCAUGUUCCACGCAAUAAUACAGGAGCGCAAAAAGUUCGGUCCGCUCGGGUGGAACAUCACGUACGAAUUCAACAACAGCGACCGCGAGUGCGCCAUGCUCAACCUGCAGAUGUUCUGCGAGGACGGGCACAUACCCUGGGAUGCGCUCGAGUACAUCACCAGUCAAAUUACAUACGGAGGUCGUGUUACCGAUAUGUGGGAUCAGCGUUGCUUGACAACAAUCCUGAAACUUUUUUUCUCCCCUCCGAUUUUGGAAGAUGACUACAAAUACUCGCUAUCAGGGACAUACUACUGUCCUAGAGCGGAUAAACUGGAAGACUUCCGAGAAUAUAUAGAAACAUUGCCUGUUAUUGAGGAUCCUGAAGUGUUUGGAAUGCACGAUAACGCUAAUAUAGCGUUUGAGAAUAAAGAAACGAGUACUCUCAUAAAAACUAUAGUUGACGUGCAACCGCGUGCUAGCGGCGGGGGUGGCGGAGAUACGCCCGAUCAGAUCGUGUGGCGGAUUUGCGACCAGACCCGCGCCUCGAUCUCGACCAAGAUCGACAGUACGCUAGUGAACCCAGACCUCAUGGUGCCAGACGACAUGGGGCAGCUCCACUCGCUGACUACAGUGCUUCUGCAUGAAACAGAUAGAUUUAAUACGUUACUUGCACUUAUACAUUCAUCGCUUAAUGAAUUACAGAAGGCUAUUAAGGGAGUGGUAGUUAUGUCGGAAGCGUUUGAAGAGGUAUUUAACUCUUUUUUAAAUAACAAGGUACCAGCCCUAUGGCACAAAAAGGGGUAUAAUUCCUUAAAGUCGCUUGGCAGUUGGAUCCAUGAUCUCAUACUUAGAAUUGAUUUUAUGGAGAAAUGGUUGAUGGACGGUAUACAGCCAAGCAGUUGGGUGUCGGGUCUCUUCUUCCCCCAAGGUCUGCUUACCGGCUCGCUACAGGCCUUCGCGAGGCGCUACAGAGUCCCCAUCGAUGCGCUCCUGUUUGAUUUCGACCCUAUUCCAAUGUUUCUAUCUCAAGAAGACAUUUAUAAACAAAAUAAGAGAAAAAAAGAAGACGAACCUGAUGUGUAUCAGAAUCUGGUGGCCCCCGAAGACGGCGUCAACAUCCACGGCUUGUUCAUAGACGCGGGCCGGUGGGACAUGAAACAAAACUGCCUUGUCGAUGCUCUACCAGGACAAAUGAAUCCUCCCCUGCCCGUGGUGCGGUUCUACCCGGUGCUGGAGCUGCCGAAGCCCGAUCCUCGUUAUCAAGCGCCACUGUACAAAACUUCUGAAAGAGCCGGAACACUGUCUACGACUGGACACAGCACAAACUUCGUCCUGCCAGUUCUUUUGCCUACCAAUAUGCCCUCAGACUUUUGGAUCAUACGUGGAACAGCUCUACUCACACAAAUAACCGAUUAAACCAUCAAGUUAUCAAUAAGGGUGUCAACAUUUUAUCGGGCUACCCUUUAUCAUAAUUUAUACACAAUAAAUUAAUAUAAAAAUGUAUUUCAUGAGCACAAAAUAUUUAUAUUGUUAUUGGCUAUUAUUUGAAAUGUGCCACAAACUCAAAAUUUAUAGGCAUUUUCCAAAAAAGAAGUACAUAAGAUUUUUAUAGACAAACUUGAAUAGGUGCAAAUAGACUUAACAGAGCGAAAACCAUCAUAGGCCACCAAAGGCAGACCAUCCGUCAUUGAUUGUGACCCUUAAAAAUCCAUUAUCAAGACGCGUCAGAUGCUUCUAGAAAGACUGAUGUAACCAAUGACAAAGCCAACGAGCUGGCGUGAUAGCCGAUGCGAACAGUUUAUCUUAACAAAUUGCCGGUACAUAAGACUUUCACUGUGAAUAUCGAUAUUCUUCAGUGUAUAAUUUUUAGCACAUUUACCUACUCUAUCCCUAUGUCUUUAACACACAUUGAAGUCAUUAUUGCUAGUAGUGAACCACUAUUUUGUUUCCUAGCAAGUUUUCGUAUUACAACGUUGCUUUCUUAGAGCAUAUUUAGACACGUUAUACUAAAAUAAAUGAUGGUGCUUUAAUUUUAUUAUAUUUUUUAUUUAUAAUUAGUUUUAAUUUUUAUACGUAUAUCUUUGUUUUAUAAUCCGUCGAUAGACAGCAGUGGGUAUUAAAAAAACAUAUUGAUUUGUACAAUAAGUGCUGGCUAAUGGUAUUUUCAGAUUAGGUAACAAAAGUCCCAACUAAUACCAUAGUCCGCGUAUUACUGCUAGUCACCGCCUGCAGUAUGUCCGUACGGCUCGUGUUUGACAAAGCCCAGAGGUGAAGUAACUCCACGCCGCACAGCACUCUCCCACCCACCAGAUCCUAUAAGUUGUACAUAUUUAAAAAAGGCAACCUAUAGAACUUAGUGAAACAUUUUUAUAUCUUUUAGUGCAAAGAUGUAGAACUAAUUAUUUUGUAUUGAUAGGUACCGUCAUCCACAUAAGUAGCUAAUCAAAUUCAGAAUUUCAAAUCGUCUAUGCACCUUUGUGUUCUUAUCAAAUUUCUUAACAAAAAUUUGGGCUUAAUUUACUUUUCAUCAAAGAAAAAAUGUUUCAAUAACACUUAAUAGUGAUUUGGGUUUUUUCAACUACUUUUAUGGCUGACUGUACGAAAAGAAUAUUUGGUAAUUAUUGUAUCUCGGCUACUUGAUUUUUGUUUUAUGUUUAUAUUUUUUAAUAACAUAGCCUGAGUUAAAUUGUUUUUCUAUUACAAAUAGAUACAACUAGAUUGAACAUUGUAAUAUUAUUAGCUGAUAAUUUGAUUGAUAUGGGUCAUGUUAUCAUAUCAUUCCUUUGCCGUUUAACUGUAGCGGUUUGAGUGAUUCAUAAGUUCACACCGGGCGUGGUGGAGUAGACAUUUUUUAUCCGUUUUAUAAACCUUUAAAAUUAAUAGAAUUUUUGUUGUUUGAUUGUAGACAGUAUUCAAUAAAAUUUGUAGGCAACAAACAUUUACUAAAAUUAU